AUGGAGAAAUCUCGCCUGCGCGUGAUUAUAUGGAAUGAAUUCAAACGCGGAAAUACUGCGGCAGAAACCUUCAGAAUCAUAAACGAAAAUGAGGGUAAGAAUGUUGUGAGUUAUUCUACGGUGACCAGAUGGUUCGCAAAGUUUCGUGUGGACGAUGAGAAGCUUGAAGACAAACCACGUGCAGGAAGACCCAGCAAACUUGACAAAGAUGCCCUGAGGCGCAAGAUUGAAGAUGACCCACAUAUUACAAUCCGGGAGUUAGAAGAGUUACUAAACUGUGGAAAAAGUACCAUUGAUGAUCAUUUGAAGGCAAUGGGUAUGGUCAAAAAGUUGGACAAAUGGGUGCCUCACAAUUUGACUGAUCUGGAAAAAGCCAAGAGACGGUGUGCUUCCGAAAAGCUUCUGCAACGCUGCAAAAACGGAGAAUUCUUGGAUCGAAUUGUAACUAUUGACGAGAAGUGGAUCUCGUUUAACAAUACUAGAAGAUCUACAAGUUGGUGUAAGCGUGGAGAAGCUCCUAAGCCCGUUCCGAAGCCAGAAUUGCACGAAAAGAAGCUUAUGGUGACUGUCUGGUGGUGUAGCUCUGGAGUGAUCCAGUACGAUUUCAUGAAACCUGGCCAAAGUAUUACGGCCGACACCUACUGUGCCCAGAUUGACAAACUGCGACACAAUCUUCCAACAAUGGUCAGAAGGAGGGGUCCGAUCAUUUUGCAGGAUAACGCACGGCCCCAUGCUGCAAAGAAGACCGUGGCAAAAUUCAGGGAACUGGGAUACGAAGUCUUGGAGCACCCUCCUUAUUCUCCAGACUUGGCUCCAACGGACUUUCACCUUUUUAAACACUUGUCUUCGUUUCUUAAUGGAAGAAUCUUCAAAACUCCGGACGAUGCCAAGAAUGCCUUCAAGAACUUCAUCAACUCCAGAAACCCGGAAUUCUACAAUCGUGGAAUAAAAAAGCUUGUAAAUCGUUGGCAAGACUGUAUUGAUUCAGACGGUAAUUACUUUGAUUGAUUGUAGUUGUUAAUUAUAUUGUUAUUAUUGUUAGUUCAAAAGUGAAUAAAUAUUGCAGAGCUUUCCGGACAACCUAAUAUAAACCCAACCAUAAACCUCAAAAUUUCAGGAUCAGUCCGCGUUAUCAGCAAGGAAAUCCUGAAUAUGCGCCAUUUAACAGCGCUGUUCGCUAGCCACAACCUUUUAAAAACGAUACCAGCUCAGAUCAACUACCUACAUCAUCUGUCAAUAUUAGACUUGUCACACAAUAAACUCGUGGCUUUACCUCGAGAAUUGGGUGAUAUAGCUAAUUUGCUCCAUUUGAACUUGUCUGACAACGAAUUGGCCAGUUUACCGGUCGAAUUGGGCAAGCUUUACAAGAUCAAAACCCUCAGUAAGUGUUUGAAUUUGUUUUUGAUUUUAGGCAAUAAGUUGUAUAAAAAUGAAUGAGCUACUGAACGGUUCAAGCAACAAAAUCUGCUUUAAAAAAGCUAAAAUGUUACCUAAAUCUGUCAGAAAUAACAAAAUGAUGAAGAUAAUGUUUAGAUGUGUCUGGAAAUCCAUUGCCAAAAGAAGUCUUGAGCUACGGAAGUACUCCACAUGGCUCUCGGAAUCUUCAGCAAUACCUACUGGAUAGUUUGUCAAGUAAGUUAUUACAUAAAACUUAAGUUUUUAAAUUCUUUCUAAAAAGAACCAAUUUUUAUUGUUUUAUAAAUAAUUCUGGGCCCCCUCUCAACGCAAAUUUUCUGCUCACAAUUAUUUGAACAACCUAAUAGUAAAUUUAGAGCUCAAAAUUUAAAAAGAAAAAAUAGUUUCUCGUAUUUUAGGACAAUAUAAACCGUUAAAGUAGUACUUUAUCUCCCACAUACAAUAAUAUAUCCCUUUACCCAAACCUUUUCCAGAAACCAUUUCCAAGCCUCCGCCUCGAGACUGGUUUGCCAUCAAGACCCUGACAAAUAACGGAAAGCCAGUAGCUCAAUUCAAAGUACUCUGUUACAAUGUUCUCUGCGACACAUAUGCUACACCAUCACUCUACUCGUACUGCCCAUUAUGGGCACUAAACUGGGAGUAUCGCAAAAACAUCAUCAUGAAGGAGAUCCUCACCUACGAUGCUGACAUCCUGGGUCUUCAUGAAGUCGAAGCCGAACAAUUCCGAGUCUUCUACGAACCUGAACUCAAGGCUCGAGGCUAUGAUGGUAUCUUCAGUCCAAAGUCACGAUCCAAAACCAUGAGUAAGGACAACCAGAAGCACGUCGAUGGCUGUGCUUUGUUCUGGAGAACGAGCAAGUUCAAGAUACGACAACAACAUCUGGUAGAGUUUGCUCAGAUCGCCAUCAACAAGUCGCAUCAAAGCGAAGCCAUUAUUAAUCGAGUAAUGCCCAAGGAUAAUAUCGCUCUGUUAGCCACGAUGGAGAUCUUACCAGGCAUUUAUGUUGAACCGGGACAACAUCCAUUGAAUGUUAAGAAUGAUAAGGUUUCAUCUGAUAAGAUUGAUCAGAAUGACCAGAUCAUUGGUACUCCAUUGGUGCUGUGUGCUGCUCAUACUCAUUGGGAUCCGGAAUAUUGUGAUGUCAAGCUGAUUCAGUCCAUGAUGCUGAUCCAUGAGUGCGCGAAACAAAUUGAACAUACUGCCAAGGACUUUAGUUUGCCAUUGGAGGUAAGGUUUCCUUUUUUUGACCUUCUUAAAUUAAAAAAGUUUUUUGAAAAAUCUGUUUAUCUUACGUUACCUCUUUUCAGGAAGUCCCCCUUAUCAUCUGUGGUGACUUCAACUCUCUGCCAGAAUCUGGGGUUGUUCAAUAUCUGAUUAACGCCUCGGUUCCUAAAGCCCAUACGGAUCUGAAGUCGUUCUGCAACAAUAUCGUACUAGAUGGUAUCAAUACUAACGAGUACGACAGUACACACUACUCACAUUCGCUGAAAUUGGAAAGUUCCAUCGAUGUUAAUGAGUGUAUCAACACUAAUGUAACGUAAGUCAAUUUUUUAUGGAGCACAGAAUUACUUGAACAAUCUAAAAUUUGUAAAAAAUGUUAUAAUAUGCCAUUUAUAGUGCCACUUUAAACUUAAACUGCCAUUUUAAAACCAAACCUCAUUUCAGACCCGACUUCAAAGGCAUGAUCGACUACAUUUUGACGACACCGCACUCGCUGGACCGAGUCGGUUUCCUGGGUGGGAUAUGGCCGAACUGGAUCAGAGAGAACAAUCUGAUUGGAUUCCCUCAUCCACAUGUACCGUCCGACCAUAUUCCUAUCAUGGCUUCGUAUAUUCUGAAGCCACGAACUGAGCGAUCGCCAACACGAGAGUGUAAGCGCUUCAGAAGGACUAGCGAAUCGUUCAAGAAGGAUAUGGAAACACGCAAAAAGUAA